AGUUUACAUUUUUUGUCAUUUGGAAGUACUUUCAUGCGAAAAAAUAUAGAGUUUCAGUGAAAGUACCGGUUAACGACUUAACCUUGGUGAAACCAAGAGGGGAGAACCGAGGGUUUAUUGGGCAGGGGCACCGAACAGAAAUAAAUCUUGCACCUAGACAAGUUAUGUCCGGAUUGGGAUUAAAAGUACCAAUCGCUGGAUGGGGUUGUGCCUCUGUGUCCGCAAUGGCAUCUCCGAUAUAAUAUUAAGAGCAAUAACAUACAAGCCAACAAAAAGGAAUCACAGAAGGCAAUGAAAACCGGAGUGAGGAUAUUUUUUUGAACAAGCUGUAAACCAACAUCGUCAAAAAUGCAAAGGGUCUCUCUUGCUGUAGAAAAUACACCGAAUACCAAAUGAUACUGAUUAAAGUCUGCUUAUCCCAUUUGCACUUACUGCAUAAUCCUACAGCUUUGCUUGACUCUGCAUUUAUACACGUGAAGCUACUUACGAGCUUGUUAAUAUUCGUCAUCGAAAUACGUUUCAAAUUGUAGCCUACUUUGCUUGAACACAUGGCGUCAGUUUUAGAAAAUCCGUCGAUUUUAAACUCUAUCGGCUUUUAAGAAUAAGGUGAAAUGAUCUGUAAUUGAUUAGCAUUUGUUUUUCACUUCCCUCGUCAAAAGUAACAAUUAUUGUAAAUGUCAUGAACGUUCUGUUUAAGCCUGUACAUAGUUAAACAUUUGUGGAUUGCCUCGGUUCCUGUAAUGACAAUAAAAAGAAAUCUAUUAAGGAAGGAUAUUAAUCUUGUGAAAAACUGAAUCGCAUGUAUUAUCAAAAUUGGAGCUGAUCAAAGACAUGUGUGGAUUCUUCUACUUUCAAUAAGAAAUUAAAAAUGCAUGGUUCCAUGUGAACUGUAAUAAAUGUUUGGAUCAAAGUGGAUUUAAAAGGAGUGUCAUACAUAUUUCAAUAGGAGGAGCCAAAUAAACUGCAUUUUAUUCAGUCCAUUGAACAAAAAAUGCCCUGGUGGUGAUUACAUCACCAUUUUCUUGCAUGCCAAGCUAAUAUACAAGAUUGACAGAUUGACAGAAAAAAAAUGGGUUGUAUAAAACUUGUAAAAAGUUGUAAAAGAUGUUGCAUGUUAUAGUUAAAGUUUCAAUAUCAAAGACAAGUGUCAUUAUGCCACUGUUCUAUCGUGCACGUGUCUACUGAAUGUCCUGAAUUUAUACAGUCCUGGGGCAAAUUUCAUGAAAGAAUUGGAUGUGUAAAGUGGUUAGGAUUAAACCAGAGAUUAAAUGAACUGCAUUUUAUUUUGAAAUAGCAAUUGAUCACCUCCUCCCAUAUAUAUAAGUAGAAAAACGGAGCUGUUUGGCUGUACAUAAAUUAAACCGAGGUUUGUUAGCUGAUUUGAAUAUUUGAAAAGAGGAAACUUUAAAUGUAAACGUGCAAAUAGGCCUAUGUGUAUAUAUAAAAACGAGUUCAACUGAAGUAAGAAUUAAUUCAUCUACUUGGUUUUUAUUUUGCAUUUUAUUUCUUUCAUGACUAUAAUGGUUUUAGAGCAAACUUUUAAUGUAAUUUGUACCUUACAGUAUCAUAUCAUCAAUCAUAUUCUCAUAUUAAAAUCAUUUUGUCCAGGAGUGUUUCUGUAUUCUGCAUAAUAAUAUGGGAAGAUUUCAGAUUUUUUUAAGCCCAUUUUCACUUCUGUUAAAUAAUUUCACAGUUUAAGUUUUGUUGUAAUAUGUCUGACUAUUCAUGUCAUAAGAAUGCAGUUAAAGACUAGAUUUUUUCGUUCUCUACCUGAAGGAUUGCUGUUAUCCUUUGGCUUAAUCUUUAAAAUUCAAUUUGAGAUCUAAACCUCAGCGCUUCACCACCGAAUGAUGAGUAGUGUAUUAAAAAGCAUAGCAAAACAAGAACAAGAAAACAGUUAAUCCUUAUUGGAUGUCAUUACAAGUGUAAAUUAUUGAGUUUUUUCAAUAGACCUCUGUACUGAUGACAUCACACUUUGAUCCAGUUGGCUGUGGGCCCUGGCUAUAGGGCCAAUAGGAAAGUUCAUACAUGUAUGUAUGUAUACAAAGCUUGUACUCUACACAUACGGAGCAAUUUUCUGUACAAAAUUAUAUAUAUUUUUCUGAUUCUUUUAUUUCAUUAUAAUUAAUUAUUUGUCUAUAGCACGUUAACUUUGUUGUUAACAUUUUACAGAAUUAAGCAAGAUUUAAUCACAGUAGAUUGAGGUUGGUAUUGUAAAACUUAUCAAAGCGAACUAUAAUUUGUUAUGAAAAGGACACACAACAAAAAUUUAGAAUGAUACUUUUGGAAUGUUUUGUUGUGACAGUCAAGUUGAACGUUGCGUUCCGCCGUUUCAUUUUGGACCCUUUUAUUUCCGUGUGGACUAUAAUCUUAUAUACACUUAGCACAUUUAAUUUGAAUGUCUUGCUGUAUGCAUCCGUUUCGUUACUGCUUUGAAAUAAACAAUGGCCUAGGGGGAAUAAUUGACGUCUUUAUGAUAUAGCUAACGGGUAUCUGUUCCCAUUAGAUUUAUCUUCGUAGUCUCAAAUAAACAUGUUUUUGAUGUAUGAGUCGCGGUGGGCACUGUUACCGUGUUAAUAACAUAAGAACACCGGCCAUCCAUCUGGGAACGUUUGGUGGACAUUAAAUGUUUCUGAUACUCAAAGGAUAAAACCAGUUAAAUCUGUUCAAAUCCGUUGCCUCGCCUUCUGGGGUAUUAAAAUANCAAAACAAUAAUACAGCAAUGUACUUUUCUGUGUAUUACACGUCAACUAUCCUAGCAUAGUAUAAUAAAUGUGAAAUUACGCUUAUCGUGAAUAAUCCUUUGUGGAAUAUCCUUAUUAUUUGAUUGAUAUCGAUGAGGAAUUUGUCGAUGUUGCUCUCUCAGUUGUCAUCAAACUGGGGUUGGAUUACACUCAAGUUCUCGUAAUGCAAUUGGUCAAAGGACAAAUAGGUCUGAAAGAGAAAUAAAAAGAUAGCAAAGAAAUAGGAGCUUUUUGUUUAUACAAAUUAUGCGUGCGCAACUUGAUUGCUAUUUUCACUUUUAAGUCCACAGUUUGACAGCUUUUGAAACUUGGAGGGUUCAAGGCUACGAAAAUCCUGCUAGUUAUCCGCAAUGUCUGUCACUUCCAAGUACAGUUUGUUUUGCGGCGAUUCAAGACUAAUCUCUAAAACGACUGGUGCUAUUUCAAAACCGUAUUUAAAUCUUACAUGCUUGAUUUUCAUAAAAGCCAAAUGUUAUAGAAUAUUAUUUCAUGCGUUAUAUUAGUAUUGCAAGCUUGUUUCUUCCUAAAGAUGUGUGCAACAUCACGUUCAUGUGGAAUAUAUACGGCGUAAUUGGUUGCACUCAGACAGUUCAGCUAAUGAGUAAUGUGUCCAAAAAAAUCAAUGUCGGAAAAAAAGUUAGGUGUAAUUAUUUAUGUGCAUUCAUUUUUUACUGUUAUACAUGUAAACAUGUGCGUACAUAUCUUGCCCUUCCCCCACCCAUCAAAACAAAAAUAGUGGAUCUAUAAUGCAAAACUGUAUUCUGGCUUCAUGGCAGAGGGUACUAAUGUUGAGAGUACUACAUGAAUCGAUAGUACAAACAACAAGCAUGUUAAUUUCAUUCCUACUGAUUGAUUGGCUUAGCGCAGCACGUGACUAACUAUGCAGGUAAUGCUCAGUUUGGCACCCUGAUGAAAGCGGAUACUCCAAGGUGAAAAAUGCCGUCAGUUCCUAUUGAUUUACUGUGUGCAAAAUUAUUCUUUUUACUCCAAAGUGUGAGUAAUAAUGUAUGCAUAAACUUAUAAAAUUUAAUAUGUCAUACUUUCAGCUUCAUAAAUGUAAGCUGGUUGUAUAAGAAUAAAUGCGAUUGUGAACACAUUGACCACAAACUCCAUGGAAAGGGCUCUGUCUUAACUGAAGCCUGAAGAAACUGUUUUCUGUCCACCCUUAACGGCAGCCCUCAAAUCACAAGUCGAGUCAGCGUUUCGCAACUGUUGCACUUCUAGGGUUUUAAUUUGUCAGAAAAGGUUGCUUUUUCGCAGAUCAUUCGUUUGUAUAUCAUGUGGAAAGAAGCUUCUGGAAUGUGUGCCGAUCGUUUAAUCAUUGUGCAUUCAUGCAUUUUACAAGAAUUAGCAAACUUGUUGACUAAUUCACAGUACUCAAAAAACUGCCAGCUAGAGUUCGAUCAUUAUUACUGGUACUUUUCUUUAUGACGUCUGCUAAGAAGACUUUGAAAGUACAAUGAAUAUGGAUUCGAAAAUUGACAUUUUGAUCGGUAUGCCGUGACACGAUGUAGGAGAAUGUUCGAGAUUUUCUAUGUGAAGGUAAAGCGAUAUUUGAUGGAUUUUUCCGUGGAGCGCGGUUUUACGUUUUCGACCUGAUCCGAUAAUAAAGGUAUGUUUGAUUGCCAAAAGUUGCCAGACCCCAGACUCUAUAUGCACGAAGUAGGUUGGGUUUGGUAAUAUGAUGGAUGGCCGUAGAAUAGAGCUGUAGACACUUUAUCUACUGAAUGAGUCACCGGCUGGAAAAUUAGUGAAAUGUGUUGCCAGCAGUUAUGGUAAUUAAAGACGACACCGUUUAUACUCCACUGACCUGUAGGUGCCGAACUAUUCAGGUCUAAAUAAUCCCCAAGUGUUUAAAAAUGUUUCCCUUUUGAAUGUUCCGCUGUUAGCGCUCCGGAAACAUUUGGUUUCCUUCUUCAUCUCCCUGGUCAGUGAUGUGAAUAAUUUUAUUUGUAUGCAGUAAAAGCACCUGUCAGCAUGUUACCUUUUUUCGAUUGUGAAAGCUAGCUUGUGGUGAUGUUUUGAAUUUUACGGAUAACACUAGAGGCGUUUUAGUUCAACAAAAUUGAAAAUCCCAAGCGAAACAAGUCUGUGUGUGUGUGCCAGAUCAUCUUGUUGGCUAACAAGAUCUUUUCUUGUUUAAUUUUCUUUACCUUUACUAUAAGGCCCAUUUUUAAUACUCAAACAAUUAGUAAGGAAACAAUUAGAAAAGAAGAUCUCCUAUGUGUACACUUACAAUUCUUUUAGCAAGUGUAUGCAUGCGUAAAUGGGCCCAUACGUUCAGCAUGAAUUAUUUAUGUUGAAUGUAGUAUGGACCCAUAUCAUGUCAAGAAAAUGGCUGUUGAAUACUGUGUAAUUUUGCCGUCUAUUUGCACGAGAAGCUAUUAGAGAUGAGCGUGUUUCUACUUCAAUUAUACCCACUUUAUUCAUAUUAGAUUAUCUUGCAAACCCAACAAGAUGGCUGUUAGAUUUUGUAUACAGGAAUGUGAUAUUUCUGAAUCGAUGAAAAGCGUUUACCAGAGGCCAUUCUUUGCCAUUCUGGAUAUCAAGUAUUGGUUAAGCCUGAAUUAUGAAAUGAAACUAUUACAGUAUUCCACGUCUUGCUUUCUACAUUGUUAAAAUUUCAUCUGGAAAAAGUGAAAGCUGAAACAUUUUGGUUUCUUUAUAUGGUAUGUGCGAUUAGUGUAGGAUAAUGUUUCUUAUUUGUGUGGUCAAAAAUUAUUUAAUACUAAUGGUUAAAAUGAUGCCACUAUAUAGUGAUCCAUUAACUAACAUUUUGGUUCCCUAUAAUAGUAUAGAUUGUAAAUAAAAUCAGAAAAAGGCCAGGUAGGAUGGUUCAGAUUCUAUUUUGUGUGCACAUAUCCCCAGGCAAAGCAAAUCAACUGUUUGCAGUUUUCAUUUUAUGUGGACUUCUUGUCAGUGUAUUGCACUUCACAAAAGCUAUGUUUUUAAAUGCUAUACAAUUUUUUAUUCCUGCAUUGCAGUAAUUUAAUGAGAAACAAACAAACAAACAAACAAACAAACACCCCAACAACUGCAGGUGGGCUUUAUGAUAGGGCAGAGUUUUUCAGUGUACUUGCAUAAUUUGAAGGAUUUUUAACAUUUUUGUGUAUAAUUUAACAGAUUUUACAGCACAUGUUAAAACUACGCAGUUGUCUAUGAUAUGUUAGAUUUAUGGGUCUUUUUCAUUUUGCAUUCUGCCAAAAAAUGUAAACAGGCAACAAAUGUAACUCUCAAAAAUGGUAUUUGAAGAUUACAUAAAAAUUCAACAUUUUCAGGUCCCAUAAAUAUUUCGGCCAAUGGAGAUUUGGUCCUGGAUCUGGUCAGAGAUUUGUUGAAAGUGGUUGCAAGAAAUAAUCUCACACCGCAUGUAUACCGUUCAGUUAGUUUAAAAGGGAAAGCAGGAAGUGUUAGCUUCACUGUCUAGUUUGCUAUACAGCGUUCGAUGGAGUCAAUCAGAUCGCACUGCAGACAACAAAAUUGUAUGUACACGUAGUUGCAGUUUCACUCUUAAUUAAAUGUACAACGCCUAGGCUUGGUGCCCUCAACUGGGUGAGGAAAGUUUUCGCUGGAACAUGGAGGUUUUCAUGGCAAUUGUUUUGAAUCUAUUUCAAUUUGCAUUUUGGACUGGUUGUGUUGCCCAAACAUCCGGCAUCUAUAUGUUAAAGAUAGUCAGUCCGGUAGGCCCAAGGUACUUUGCUUCAUUGGGGUCGAACCUGACCAUUACCUGCGCCCUGUAUGGCCCACAGACUGACCAAUUUUACGUCCUGAAGUGGUCCUUCAGUGACAAAACUGGCUCUCGCUGUAAUGGGGUGAGGGCCGGCCAGCUGGGCUCCCCGCUUGCCGGCAACACCUGCAACUACCUCGCCGGUGUUGUCGACUUGUCAUCGGAGGGCAAUUACAGGUGCUACUCUCCCGAGUUUACAGGAUUCUCUCCUGUCCCGGACUCCGUGGAUGUUUAUAUUCUCGAAUUGCUCUUGGCCUCAACUGUUGAAUUGCGAGAUUUUUCGAGUGGGGAAUCUUUGGACCUCCAUACUGGGCCUACAUGCGUCGAGUCUGGCCGAGAGCAGACCUUCGAAUGCGCUGUCCGAGACACCAAACCUGGUAUCUGGAACCUCACGUGGAUUAUCGGGAAUAUCAAGGGGGAGGAAGCAGUUGAGCGUACAGUGCCCGAGACCAACACAGCCCACGAGUCGGUUGAUGUGAUGAGCAUUAUCACCCCACAACUCCUCGGUGAAGACGGCGUUUUGAUAAAUGUGACAUGCUGGGCUACCGUCUCUCAUCACGUAUCCCUUCAAGCCACGGCACAAUUCAAGAUAUGUCCAGCACAAGUCCCGAACACUACCAUGCAUCUACAAGAUCUGUUCACUGGAGAUUAUUAUGAUGUUCAUUCUGAGCGGAUAUGUGUCCAGUCUGGGACAACACGCGUCUUCGAAUGCACUGUCCGCCCCGUCAUAACAGGCACGUGGAAUAUCACGUGGAUCACCGACGGAACCGUAGUAGACACCAGCUUCGAAGAGACGAAUGGAAGCAUUGCAGGUGGAUUAGUCAACCUCACCGCGAAGUUCACGUUGGAGGUACCAAGGGACGGUGAAUUACUUCUCAGGCACCUCACCUGUAAGGCUACGGCGUGUGACGAUACUCCUCUCAGCAUUAGGAUUGAGCUACGUCUGUGCAACGGCAAAUUUUCCAAUCCGUCGAUUGACCUGAUGGAUCUCACGACUAGGGAUCUGAUUGAAUCCAACUCUUCGCUAACAUGCACCCAGCAGGGAACAAGACGGUCUUUCCUAUGUACUGUUAGGGAUGUCGAACCUGGUGCCUGGAAUGUGACCUGGAUCGUCGAUGGAACCGAAAUUGUUGAAACAAACUCGACCUUAUUACCAUUGAGGACAAGUGGACUUGUCAUCAUGAGCAGCACGGUUGACAUCGCUACGCCUCAAAACGAUGAAGCAACUCUGAGCCUUGCUUGCUACGCUACCAGUUUGAUGAAAGAGUCUCUUAUCAUCGCAGUGUUGCUCCAAGCCUGUCCAAGCGAAGUUAUAAGAGGUACAAUGGACCUGGUGGAUUUGUCGACCGGAAUUGAGGUUGGCGGCAACUUGCAACCAGACUGUAUCCAGGCAGGCACGGAGAGAACUUUCGAAUGCACAGUCCGAAGCGCCAAACCGGGUAUCUGGAACCUCACGUGGCUGCUGGAAGGUUCAAGGAAGGAGAUCCCUCCUACUGAGGUGACACCCAGCAAGGGAGAGCUGGUAAACAUCAGCAGCAGGUUUCCAAUUACCGGUUGGUGGGAGGAGAUCCACGAGAAGAAGCUUACAUGCAUAGCUACGGGUCUCAACAUUAAGACUGGGCCACUCAACGUCACUGUGACACUCCAGUCUUGCUCAGGAGUGGUUGUCGAGCUGGUGGAUCUGUGGACGGGUAAGCCAGUGCAUGAUAGCUCUGAUCCAGUCUGUGUUAAAGUGGGCACGGAACAAACUUUUGAGUGCAGAGUACGGCCUGUCUCCCGAGACGAUAGGAAAAUCGUGUGGAUUCUGGACGACUCCAAAGUGGAGAACCGCACAGUAGUGGAGACGCCCAUGGAUAAGGGGUUGUUUCAACUAGCCAGCCGCUUCACGGUGCUCCACAGAGAAGAUUCGGCACUUCCAAAAAGUCUAGCCUGUGAGGUGAUGGGUCCAGAUAAAAAGACCAUCCACGUGGAUGUUCAGCUAUAUUGCUCUGGCGAGCCGCUUGCAAACAGCAGUACAACAAUCCUUGUAGUUGUCAUUGCAGUCGUAGGAGCAGUGCUGCUCAUUUGUGUUGUGGCUUUUGUCGUAUUUGCCGCCAUGACCGUCAGGAGGAGCCGAAAGAUGCAGAUGACACCUGGUACAGAGGAAGUUGUGGAACACAACCCCGAGCCGGAGGCCGUAACAGUGUCUGAGGAUAUUAUCAAUUACGAGAAUACCAUAACAGCAUUUCCCCCCUCAAAGGGUAAAGACACUGGUCUCCCGUGUUGGGCCGAGAGAUGGGAGAUUCAGUGGAGCGAUCUCACCGUGGAAACACGAGUGCUUGGCAGUGGCAACUUUGGCGAAGUCCGAGCUGGCAGUGUGAGAAUCGAUGGCGAGGUAUCCAGGGCGGCGAUAAAAAUGUUGAAAGGGCAAGUGUCUCGUGUCGACAGGGAAGAUUUUAUGGACGAGCUGUGGACCAUGACCUCUAUCGGCUACCAUCCCAAUAUCGUGAUGUUGCUUGGAGCAUGCGAACAUCAAGAUGUGUUGUACGUUGCCUUGGAGUAUCUUCCACACGGUGAUCUUCGUAGCUACCUGCGGACGGCCCGGUCACAGUCAGACUCAGAUGAAGAUGCCUUGUCGUCUGACCAACUCUUGAAGUUUGCCUUGGAUGUUGCCUGUGGCAUGGACCACCUUUCACUGGCAGGGGUCAUCCACCGAGAUUUGGCUGCCAGGAACAUUCUUCUGGGAGACGGACUGAUCGCCAAGGUUUCUGACUUUGGACUGUCAAGAGGGGAGGAUAUUUACGUUCAAACAUCCAGGAGACGAGUACCACUUCGCUGGCUGGCAAUCGAGUCGGUGAGGGAUCACCUCUAUACUACACAGAGUGAUGUGUGGUCUUUUGGAAUUCUCCUCUGGGAAAUCGCCACUUUUGGUGGAACUCCUUACCCAUCCAUUCAGAAUGAAUUACUCACAGCGACGUUGAAAAGAGGCUACCGCAUGCCAAAGCCAGAUAAUUGUCACGACGAAAUUUAUGGACUGAUGCGCAAUUGCUGGGAGGAGAAUCCCAAUGACAGACCGACCUUCAAUGAGCUGGUUUCUAUUCUGAGUGACAUGUCUGACAAUACUAUCAAACACACAUACAUGGCACCCAUCCGAACCGAGUACCAGAAUAUGAGCAUCAUUCGACCAGAGCUCGAUGAAAACUGAGGGAUCUAAAGAUCUCAAGUGAAUCUCGGUUUGAAGUCACUUAAAUUAUGCUUAGUAUAAAUCAUCGCUUUGGAGUUCAGCUUUUAUGGUACCUUGUCCCGAGACAACGAGUGCCGAAGGGGUCUCAAUGAUAAGUUUUCCUGGGUGAGGUCACAAGGCCCGUGUUUUGUCGGUACUUCAAGGGUCAACACUCAUGUUAGCAGAUGUUCAUUAGUUCUGGUACUCAUCUUCUGUCAACCUCCCACAGGCCAGUCAACCUCCCACAGGCCAGUCAACCUCCCACAGGCCAGUCAACCUCCCACAGGCCAGUCAACCUCCCACAGGCCAGUCAACCUCCCACAGGCCAGUCAACCUCCCACAGGCCAGUCUUCCAUUCUGUUUUCUGGAUGAACUCUGCUGCACGUGAUUCAGUGUAAAUUUAUGUAAAUAAUUAUAGCAAUAUCCAGCGACAGAGCGUAAUGGAAACUGUCUCAACUGACUAAGGAAAGUAUACUUAUUGAAAGCGGUUGUAGAAAUAAUUUGUAUACGCAAUAUAAGCUUUCAUUUGCUGCGAACUUUAUCAUGUGCUAACAUAACCUGAUGCUAACAUGUAAUAGAAGCUACCGCUACGACCGUUUAUAUCAGAGAGCAGGACACAGGGUGACUUUUUUCCGUGUUAGUUAUUCUUUUUAUUGUAUAUGGAGCUUUUGUGGUGAUUACUAUUUCCUAUACUGAUGGGGCGGGUUGUAAAAGGAUGCUUAGUAUCUGUCAUAGAAGGUAAGCAGGGUUUUUUUCACUGGCUCCCCUACAUCCAUAAACUCGAAAACAGGACAAAGGGUAAAGAACGCUAUAUUCAACGUAGAAUGAAUCACACAAUAUAGGCCACUUUCUCUGUGGGCAUAAAUUGUAUACGUUCACACGACAUUAAAACGGGGGAAAAGGAGCACUUCAGAAUAAGAACGAGGAUAAAUGAUGCUUGACACCCUUCCCUGAAGUUAUGCUACGUCACUGAAAAUUGUACACACCGUUGGAUAACACUUGUGUAAAUAGACAUUAAGUUAACGGCAAGAUAAUACAAUCAACAUCGUUAAAAAUGUAUUACAUUUUACACAUUCAAACUCGACAAGGCAGAACCGAAAAUUCAAAUUGCCAAAUGAAAGAAGACCAAAAAGCAGGCUAUGUAGGCUAUCACGUCUAAUAGGCUAAAUCAAGGACCUACAGAAAUCAAACAGAACAUUGGGAUUCAACAGAAAAUUACCAGAAUGCUAACAGAAAUGUGAAAUAAAAGAGUAUAAAUCCAUGCACGAUAUUAGUAUAUUAGCACGAUAAUGGACAACUUCGCCCAUGUUACCCGCCUGGUGUGGGCUGUCUUUUGUUUUCCGAAGGCUUCGUUCACACAAGCUGGCGUACACAACCUUAAGUUAACUGUGUGGACAACCUUUCCUUCGGUUCACAGGUUUAUACGUAAGACUGAGACACUAACCAAUGCACUGUUUUUAAUCUGUUUAAAUGAAUUCACAUUAAAGCAGGCGAAGUUUUUAAACUUAA